CCGCACAUUUACGAUAGUGAUGCUGUGCGGUUAGUUAAUAGCCUUCAAACUUUGAGGCACUAUUUUAUGUAUCUCUUCACAUUUCAAGUUAAGUGUGAUGUUUUGGCUGCGCGCUGUAAAUUCGCUCUCAGCACCUCCAGUGACACAUCCUCUGAGGAGUGAUGGGUUCUAAGUUGACCAGACAAAGAAGUCUCGAUUUUGAUAGCAAAUUGUCAAAGCGGAGACGCCAGAGAAAUGAUAUUCCUGGAGAGAGCGAGAGGAGUAGCGGCAGGAGCGGCGGAGACUUCUUGUUUACAUCCUUGAUGCUCAAGUCCGACAAGCUUCCAGGGAUGCUGCGGAAAACCAACCACAGCCCAUAUGUCAGGCGGGUGACUUGGGUCCGGGAAAUCCAGAGGCUUCUCCGGGAGCAGAAGAUGGAGCAAGCAGCUGAAGUGCUCAAAGUGCUGAGAAAGGAUUUGGGACUUCAAGGAACAUCACUCAAUGACAUUUUGUACAAAAAUGCAGCUUUUCUAAACCUGGUGGACCCCAUUUCUCAUGAAUUGCUGCUCAGUCUCGCCCGGGACCUGCAGUGUCCAAAAAGGGAGACUGACUCCCUCAAGUCCACUAACAAGAUAUGUCGUCAGCUGAUUUACCACCUGACCCCUCAUUCCAAGUGGACAAGACAGAGCGUGCCCAGGAGAAAGUCUCAGGCCUGUCUGAAGACCACCCUCAAGAAGAAGCUUUCAGGAGACGUGGUCAACCUGUCAGGAAUCCCGCUCUCCGGUCGGGAUGUCCACCGUGUGGCCUUCUACCUUCAGAGCAGCAGUGACAUGGUGUCCGCUGUGGACCUGAGCUUCACCGAGCUGCAGGAUGAGAGCUUACGCAUGCUGCUGCCCUACCUCAGCUGCUUGCCAAAACUCACCAUACUUGCUGUUAAUGGCAACCGUCUGACAGCAGCCAUCCUGAAAGACCUGACAGAUAUAAUGAAGGAUCCCAAGAAGUUCCCCACACUGGCCUGGAUUGACUUGGGCAACAAUUUGGAUAUCUUUACCAUCCCACAGCCGCUGCUCGUGGCACUGCGGCGCCGCUUUGGUUUACGCAGCAGCCUCCCCACCAUCUAUGAGUACAGUGAAGCACAGACGUUCAGUAGCUAUAACCUGAACAUGGAGACCUCUGUGGAGGAGCCCAGUCUGUAUGAGGAGGGAGAUAUAGAGGAAGAUGAUAGAGAGGAGGAGGAGGAGGACAGACUGGAGCUUCAAGCCUGGGGCUUUGGAGAAGAAAACAUGUCAAAAAAUGUGCCACUGCACUUCUGUGGGAGGUGAUCGCUCAGAGCUGCUUUCUUUUUGACUGGCAGCCUCAUGUAUCCCUCAGUAUCACCUUGCUCCUCCUGUGUUAGCUGGUGUCAGUGUGGUAGAAGAUGCUUACAGUGACCCACACGUUUCUGAAAAUAACUUUAAAAUAAGUAACUGUGUUGUGUGCCCCUCUGGAUGCUCUGACUACUGAAACUAAAUGUGAUGCAGACAGCUGUGUGGUUGUACUCUCAGUAUAUUUGUAGACUGAUUUAUUCUUCAUUUAUCCAGGGGAAUCUGAACUGAACAGGCUUCCAUUGCUUCAUCUUACUGAAGUUGUGUGCUUUUCCCACUUGGAAGCUUUCCAUUAUCUAUCAGUGUCCUCUGGAGCAGCUGCAGAUUAAGUGCCUUGCACAAGGGCAUAUCAGCAGUAGCUGCUGAGGAAGAGAGGAAUGCUAUUAAUUCACUUUGUCCAAGCACAUCUUACUAGCUCCUCCUGCCCCCUUUUCUUUUUUUCCCUUAUCUGCCUGAAUAUGUCAGGGUCUUAAUACAUGUAAGUAACUAAAUUUAGCGCAGAAAGUAAGGAAAUUUGUG